UCGCAUCUGAUUUAGCAUGGCCGGGGGAACUGUUGAGAGAGUCCUGGUGACCGGAGCCAAUCGGGGCAUCGGUCUGGAACUGGUGAAACAGUUCUUAGGAUCACCGGAUCCCCCGAAAACUGUCUUUGCCACGUGCCGUGAUCCUCAGAAUGGAGCACAGGAGCUGAAAAAGCUGGCUUGCAAACAUCCCAAUCUAGUGAUACUGAAACUUGAGGUCACCGAUGAAGAAUCCAUCAAGGCUACUGCAAAGGAAGUCGAGGCCCACUUGGCCGGAAAGGGGCUCAACCUUUUGAUAAACAACGCUGGCGUCAUGCCCCCGAGCACUCUGGAGUCACUGACCCAAGAAGACAUGCUGAGUGUGUACAAAAUCAACCUUAUUGGGCCAAUGAUGAUAACCAAGGCAUUCCUGCCCUUGAUGAAGACAGCUGCCAAACAGUGCAAGGAGAAAGAGUUGAGCUGCAGUAAGGCAGCUAUUAUAAACACUUCCACAAUCGGCAGCUCCAUGGGGACCCCGCCCAGCAUGAAAGUCUUUCCUGUCAUCUCUUACCGCUGCGCAAAGGCUGCGCUGAACAUGCUUACUCGGUGCCAGGCAUUAGAAUACAAGAAGGACGGGAUCCUGUGCGCCGCAAUCCAUCCAGGCUGGGUGAAAACUGAUAUGGGGACAGACAAGGCGGAGAUAACGGCGGAAGAAAGUGUUCGUGGGAUCCGCAAAGUGAUCUCUGGCCUCUCUGAAGAACACAGUGGGCGAUUUCUGAAUUGGCAGGGGGAUUAUGUCGCUUGGUAAAAGG